AUGCCUAUCGGGUGCCCCAAUCCAAGCAUUUUGAGGAGUCGGGUAAACUCUGAGAGCACCUGGCACUCCGCUGAGCUUUCAACCGACUACACUGUAGACUUCAGCCUGUGUCACUUCAAAAACUCUUUUAACGAUCGUUUUAUGCUUCAAGCUAAGGUCACGUUUUCCCGCCUGCUGACCUCUGGCUGUUUAAUAGGGGCGGUGCGCUGCUCAGUUCUGUUUUCGAGUCAGUCGAGAUCGGUGUCGGUGAUGAACUGCUUAUUCGUGCUUGCUCUCGUUGGCCUGGCUGCGCUGGUCAGUGCCAAGGAUCUGCCCGACAAGUACUACGGAAAGUUCGACCUCGAUCACUCGGAGAACUUCGACGAGUAUUUGGAGGCUAAAGGCUAUGGGUGGUUCACUCGAAAACUCGUCACAUUCGCCACAUUUAAGAAAGAGUUCACGAAGAGCGACAAACCCGGCAAAUUCGACUACUCGAACCUCACUUCAAAGAAGGACGUCCACUACAAAGACGUCGAACUUGGCAAGGAAUUCGUAGGCGAAGGUCUCGACUCCACCAAUCAUAAGAUUACAUUCGACCUAGUCGGAGAUAAGUUGUUUGAGAAACACAACCCAAUGGAAAAGGGAGAGGCCAAGGAUGAGACUUAUGAAUAUUCUUUCGUAGAAAAGGAUGGAAAGGAGUAUCUUCUUGUGAAAAUGGAAGCUAAUGGCGUUGUCGGCAAGCGAUUCUACAAACGCCUUUGAUUGUUUGUGAAUGUUAGCUGUUCAUGUAUGUACAAUGAAUUUUUGUGCCUUGCGUUUUGGACUGUUCUCCAUCUGUAAUAAAAGUGUAACACUCAAACCGAUCAAUUUCUUCAGGCUU